AUGAUUUUACCAACGGAACGGGAUAGAGAACUGUGGCGAAAAGCGAUUCAGACUCCGGAGCAAAUUACGGAUGAGGAAAGACGCAAUAUCCUUGGACUUGUUGAUCCCACAACUCAGCUUUCGAAUUGUCUUGAGAUUACUGGAAUGUCUCCCGAUGAAUUUGAGAAGAAGGUCCUUCAGAAUCCAGAGUCUUUGACGACGGAUGAAUGUCGAUUGAUUCAAUAUGGAUAUCAUAUUUGGGAUAAUUCGGAGGCUCUGGCCGCAAGCAAAAUGACCUGGCCACUUGAAGAUCAAUUGGCUAAUAUCGAUGCUGAAGUUGCAGUUUUGAUGCUACAUGAAGACGCUAUUCUGACAGCUGCGAGUCUUCGGGCUAGCUCUUUGGGGAAGCUGCGAAACGAAGCUAUGAAAGCUUCAAUACAAAAAGCCGCAGACGAUGGUGGGAAGCCAUGCGCAUGGGUAGAGAGAUUGAUUGACCGAUCAGUGCCUCUUACUGCUAUCGAUUUACAGCCUUCUUGGGGAUUUGUGGUCUUUAGAGAUGCAAGAACUAAUUGUAGUAAGGAAGCUUGGGAAAAUUUUCGCAAAAACUUUGAAAAUGCAUUGAGUACCGGUAUUUCAUUGCUACAAGAUCAAUUCGUUGUUGAAAAUGAUAGUGAAAGUAUUUACAGAGCUUUUCAAGACGUGGUUAAAGCGAGGACCGAAUCCGAUCAGCAAAUUCUACAAAACACAUUCCUUCUCGUCACGCCAGAGGUAAUCGCUUCAUUUAACGGUAGCUCAAAUACUCCAUGGAUAUGGGCAUACGGCACGACUUUUGAUCUUACAGUUUCAUUUGAAACAGAUACAAGCACAGUAUUUAAUGGCAGAUUAAAAGUUGCAGCUACUUCAGCAUUCACCUGGUUUUAUGCUGCGCGCAAGGGAGAAAUUUAUUGCAUGAAGCGAUUUUGGGAAUAUGCACAGAAAAAAGCCGACCACAUCUGGGACGUUGCGACUGAGAUGGGAAGAUACCAUGGCCCUUUGGUUCUAUUGAAGAAAGGCACUCACUGGCCAUUCAACACCUAUGAGUUUCGCAGUUGA